UGGGGUCCUUUUGACGUAGCCGAUUUUCGGUGCCUGCCUGGAACGGUUGCUGGCUAUCGUAGAUCGGUGCGACGUGAGGCAGAGGCCAGCGAAGGCCCCGAAGCUCCCAGCGGAGAGCAGACCGGCGAGGAGAGGGGGAGCCGCGGGGCCGGUUUGUUGUGGAUAUCUGGGCUUGUUGGAAUGGAUCACAAAGAGGACCCAGACAUCAGAGAAUCUUUUGGUAACCUCAAGAAGGCCCCUCGAAGCAAAUCCCAUCACCAAUACUCCAAGGAAGAACUUCUGGACAUCAAGGAGCUGCCACACUCUAGACAGAGACCAUCUUGUUUACUAGACAAAUAUGACAGUGAUGGUGUUUGGGACCCUGAGAAAUGGCAUGCAUCUCUAUAUCCAAAUUCUGGACGCAGCUCUCCUGUUGACCCUUCCAGAAAAGACACUGAAGUAGAAAGAGGAUCUCUGAAACGUCGAAUAGCAGACCCAAGAGAGCGCGUUAAGGAAGAUGACCUUGAUGUGGUCCUCAGUCCGCAACGACGGAGCUUUGGGGGUGGUUGCCAUGUUACUGCAGCUGUCGGUUCCCGUCGAUCUGGGAGUCCCCUGGAUAACAAGGAGAAUGAGAGCUUGCGACUUAUUGGUGGCAGAAGAAUUGGCAGUGGCAGAAUCAUAGCUGCUAGAGGGUUUGAACGUGAUCUGCGAGGUGAAAAAGAUCUACGAGAACCUCGUGAGACAAGGGAAAAGGAGUACAAAGAUAAGCGUUUCAGGAGAGAAUAUGGUGAUAGUAAGAGAGUAUUUGGUGAACGCAAGAGGAAUGAUUCCUAUACAGAAGAGGAGCCCGAAUGGUUUUCUGGUGGUCCUACUAGCCAGUCUGAGACAAUAGAGCUCACUGGCUUUGAUGAGAAAAUUCUGGAAGAAGAUCAGAAGGGAAGAAAAAGAACACGCAAAAGAACAUCUGUGAAAGAAGGAAUUGAAUGUAAUGGUGGUGUCUUAGAAGAGGAAGCAGUUCCUAUUCAAAGAGAAUCGGCUGACCAGGAAGUGCCUCAAGAGGCUGUUCUCCCAGGACCAGCCCCAGGGGAGUUUGACUUUAAUGAGUUCUUUAACCUGGAUAAGUCUGUCCCUGGCUUGGCAUCGAUGAUUGAGGAUGUACUAGGAGAAGGAUCAAUGGCUUCCAGCAGAUUUAGUAGAUGGUUCUCCAGUAACAGCUAUUCUGGGAGUCGAUCCAGUAGCCUAAGGUCCACCCCUCAUGAAGAACUGGAAAGGCUAGCAGGCUUGGAACAAGUUAUUCCCUCUCUUGGACAGAAUUCUGGAAAUUAUUUUGCUCCUAUUCAAUUUGAAGAAAAUGCUGACAAAGUUGAUAUCUUAGAGAUGUUUCAGAAAGCCAAAUUGGAUUUAAAGCCUUUGUUGUCAAACCUUACAGCAAACAAGGAAAAGUUACGGGAGAGCACACAUUCAGGGGUGGCAUUGUCAGUGGAACAGGUUGAAGCUGGACUUAAAGGUUUGAAAGUAGAACAAGAGAACAAGAUUGCAACUCCUUUUAUGGCUGAACAAUUGGAGGAGGCAUUGACUGCUAUGACUGGCCCAAGGAAAAUACAGAAGGAUGGUGAUAUGUCUGCUUUUAACAAACUUGUUAGCAGCAUGAAGGCAAGUGGGACGCUGCCUUCUCAACCCAAAGUCAAUCGGACCCUAGAUGGCCAUUUGAUAUCUUCCUCUGAUGUUGCUGGUCAGUCUCCUCUUCAGAGAAAUAUUCUUCAGGAGCUUCUUGGCCCUCCAAUACCCGAUCCGUCCUCUAGUGUCCUCAACAAUGUUUUGGGAACACUGGAUCCUACAGUGUCUAUGCUACGGCAACGGACACCUUCUCCUCAGAUGCCACAAGUGUUCCCCACACGUGCCUCCUCUGCAGACUACCUUCGAAAUAGAGUACCUUCUCCACUAGGUUUUCCUUCUAGUCCUCAACUUCUAGGAGAACCGUUUCCCACUGGAAUAUCUAAAGCUGACAGCCCAGUCAUGGCACAGAUUAGUUCACUGGAAAUGCAACAAGCUGUAAUGGAUGGUUUAGUGCCACCUGAACUAGCUUUCCAAGCUGCUAACUACUUUCACCCAGUCUAUGGCAAAAUGCAAAUGGACAAACACAGGGAUGGUUUCCGUAACAGACCGCAGCAAAGGCUAAAUAAAUCUCCAGUAGGCAAUCUACGAGGAUCAUCUGUGUCUCCAGGUCCUAAUGCCCCUGUAACCAGUAUGCUGUCUCCAUCCUUUACACCUACCUCAGUGAUCCGCAAAAUGUACGAAAGCAAAGAGAAGAGCAAAGAUGACCCUUUGGUAAAACAGAACAUCCAGGGGAAAGAAGAGGGGCGAAGAGGACAAGAAGAUGGAGAAUUAACUAGUCCAGUAUCUGACCAUGUCCGAGGCACUUCUCCCCCAGUGCUGGGACAAAGAUUUCCAACAUCUCAACGUUCUGGAUGCACCCCACCAUUACCCCACCAGAAUCGCUACACCAAAGACCAGGACUAUCGACCCAAAUCCUCAGGGAGGCAAACUCCUACUUUGGCAUCACCAGUGCCUGGAGCUUCCUUCCUGCGACCUCUCCAAGUACCUGUUGUGCCGGUUGUUCGACCAUCCCAUCAGUUGCAUCCAGGGUUGGUGCAAAAAAUGCUGGCGCAGGGAGUUCCACCACAACAUCUCUCCCUCUUACAGGCAGGACUACUACCUCCUGGUAUUGAUUUGUCUGCUCUUCACGCUCUUUCACCAUCUGUCCUUGGUCAACCCUUUUACCCACUGGCACCUACAGGACAUCCACUUCUCAAUCAGCGCCCUGCAAACCCUCUACAACUUGCAAUGAUGCAGCGGCAAGGAUCUGGCACACACAACUUCUCUGGCAUGCACGCUGCUUCUCAAGGUUUGUCAAACCGGCCCAAUGUGCAUAUGAUGGAUCAACGUCCUCAGAGGAGUUCUUCCCCGGUGGGACUUGCUAAAUGGUUUGGAUCUGAUGUUCUUCAACAACCCUUGCCGUCUAUGCCUGCUAAAGUGAUCAGUGUGGAUGAACUGGAGUACAGACAGUGA